UCAUAUCUUGUCAAUGUGCACAUUUAAACCAAAGCAGCAGCAUUUACUUGGUGACACUCAGCAUGGUGAUGGAGAGAGUGCUGUUAUUGUUUGGACUCGUGGCUCUAGCUGCUUCAUAUACUAUACCUGUUUCCCUUGGGGUACAUGAGGUGUAUGAGAAUGGUGAGGAUGAGAACCCCAUCCUAAACCUGGGUUCAGAUGCCAACCUGUUUGAAGGGGACAUUUUAAUUCCCGAAGGAAGGAAUGCCCUGAUUGACAAAGGAUACAGAUGGAAAUUUCCAAUCCCUUACAUUCUGAGUGAUGAUUUGGAUCUGAAUGCCAAGGGCUGCGUCCACCAGGCUUUUGAAAUGUAUCGGCUGAAGUCUUGUAUUGACUUCAAGCCUUAUGAAGGAGAGAAGACAUUCAUCAAGUUCGAAAAGAGAGGAGGGUGUUUCUCCAGCGUUGGUGACCAGCAGAAUGGUCAGAUUCUGUCUUUGGGGUCAGGCUGUGACCACAAGGCGGUGAUUGAACAUGAGCUACUCCACGCUCUGGGAUUUUACCAUGAACAGUCCCGCACAGACAGAGAUGACUAUGUUGACAUCUGGCUGAAUGAGGUUACACCUGGACUUGAACACAACUUCAACAAAUAUAACGACGACUAUAUCACCGAUCAAAACACGGCGUACGACUAUGAGUCCAUCAUGCAUUACAGGCCCUUCUCCUUCAAUAAGAACGAAUCCGUCCCCACUAUCACCACUAAAAUCCCAGAGUUCUACAACAUCAUUGGCCAGUACCUCGACUUCAGCAAGAUGGACAUCCUCAGGCUGAACCGGAUGUACAACUGCUCUGGUCCUCUCACCCUGCUGGACCAGUGUGCCUUUGAGUACGCCAGCAUCUGCGGGAUGAUCCAGGCCUCCUCUGAUGAUGCUGACUGGGUCCAUACCAAGAGCAGUGUGGGUGCAGAGGAUCACACACUCCUGGGAAAAUGCAGAGAUGCUGGGUACUUCAUGCAGUUCAGUACCAUAACUGGGAAGCCUCAGGAGUCUGCUCUGCUGGAAUCUAGAACCCUCUAUCCCAAGAGGAAGUUUCAGUGUCUGCAGUUUUUCUACAAGAUGACCGGAAGCUCCAAGGACAGGCUGGUGAUCUGGGUCAAGAUGGAUGAUGGCACAGGCACCGUUCGUAGAAUGAAGAAAAUACACACUUUUCAUGCGGAUUCUGACCACACAUGGAAGAUCGCCCAUGUCCCAAUGGAGGUAGGGGUGAAAUUCCGCUAUGCUUUCCAAGCCGUGCAUGGUGAUUCCUCUGCAUCCGCCGGUAGCAUCUACAUCGACGACAUCAGCCUGUCUGAGACACGUUGCCCCAAUGCCGUGUGGAGGAUCAUGAACUUCUCCAAGAUCAUGGAAACAUCUGACAUCAACACAGUUAUUGACAGCCCUCGUUUCUACAGCCCUGAAGGCUACGGUUACGGUGUUCGCAUCAUGCCUUUGUCGCGUUACACUGAUUACACAGGGAACUACACUGGGCUGUACUUCCACCUGGCCAGCGGGGACAAUGAUAUGGUGAUGCAGUGGCCAGCGGUAAACAGACAGGCCACCUUGGUGGUGAUGGACCAAGACCCUGACAUUAAGCUGAGGAUGUCCACCGCUCGCAGCCUCACGACUGAUAUGAUGAAGACAUCAGAUGGAAAGUUCUUUUGGGACAAUCCCUCUAAGGUGGGGAAGUAUGACAAUUCCUGUGGUUGCUACAGAAGUGAAUCAUGGGGCUGGAUGAACUUCAUCAAGCACUUUGACCUCAGGCGGCGUAAUUAUCUUAAGAACGACGACCUUAUCAUCUUAAUCGACUUUGAGGAUAUAACAUCACUGAUCAAAACAGAAGUUCCCAUUAAGCCAAAGGAGUAAUGUCACACAUGAUUAUAUAUCAUGAUUAAGUGGAGAUGCAACAUAUGCAGCUGGAAUGAGAAGAUCAACCUGUGAAGAUGAAGGAAGGAUGGAAGAUUACUGCUGUGACAUCCGAAUUAUACACAUAAUUUACAAAACGUUAUAUUUGUUAUACAAUCUACAUAUAGAAGUCGAAAUACUGUAUAUGCAUAACAAGCUUUUGAAGAGCGUCAUCAUUUUGAACAACAAAGUUCUUGCUCACUGAACUAUUGUCUUAAUAAAAUCUAUUAAAUGAAACUAUUAAAGAACA